AUGGCUCGAGCGCAGAGUGUCAAGGUAGCAGCGGUGCAGGCCUCCCCAGUCUCGUUCGACCUCCAUGGGAGCUUGCAAAAGGUCGCUCAAUUCACCGCAGAAGCAGCGUCGCAAGGCGCGGAGCUGGUAGCUUUCCCUGAAGCUUUCCUGUCUGCGUAUCCAUGGAGGUACGCGUUUGAUGCGACCAUUGGAACUCGUGAACCUCGAGGGCGCCAAUGGUAUGCGAAAUACUACGAAUCCUCGCUCGCGGUGCCGUCCCCCGAGUUCGACACGCUCUGCGGCAUUGCACGGGAGAACAAAGUCAUCCUCUCAAUUGGAAUUAUUGAGAAAGAUGGAGGCACACUCUAUUGCUGUGCGCUCCUCAUUGGCAAGGAUGGAGCCCUGCUCUCGAAGCACCGGAAGCUUAUUCCAACGGCUGCAGAACGCCUGGUAUGGGGACGAGGCUCGGGAGAUGGCCUCGAGGUCGUUGACACUGAGUAUGGCAAGGUUGGGGGAUUGAUCUGCUGGGAGAACUACAUGCCUGCUGCUCGACUGGCCUUAUAUCAACGCGGAGUCCAAAUCUACAUCGCUCCCAAUGCAGACGACCUGCCUGCCUGGGUAGCUUCCAUGCAGCACAUUGCAAAGGAGGGCCGAUGCUUCGUUAUCUCAGUGAACCAAUUCUGCAAGGUCUCCGAUUUCCCCGCUGACUAUCCACCAUUCACCCCCGGCCACCACGACCGCAACCCUGAAGGACUGCCUUGGGCCAAGGAUGACAUCCUGAACCACGGGAGAUCCUGCAUUGUUGGACCCCUCGGAGAAUUCAUCGUUGAGCCACUGGUGGACAAGGAAGGAAUUCUAUACGCCACCUUGAACCUCACUGAACUGGCAGAAUCUAGAAUGGAUUUUGACCCAGUGGGAAGCUACUCUAGACCUGAUAUCUUCCAACUGAGCGUGAACACCAAGCCGGGUGUGAAUGUUGCCUUCAGCGACGAAUAGACGGGGGAGGUUUGUGUUUUCCAGACCACAGAGCUAUAUGCUCUCCAAAUGCAGGAGUAGGAGUGAAGGCCCAUACCCUGACUGUACCAAAAAGGCAUACUGUUAUUUCGGCGCUCUUGUUUCGAUAACCAGGAUCGUUUUGUCUGCUGGAGCCGCGGAGAAUUUAGGGCAAUAUGGAAAUUAUGUUGACAGAAAACAAUGAUCCGAUUUC